CCAUCCCCCAUUAAUGCACAUUGUCGCACCAAGGAAAGGACUCGUGUGAAUCGCUUCACUUUACUCUACUCUACUUUACUUUACUUUCAUUCACCUCUCACUUCAAACUUUUAAUACUUGACUCUUUCCAAUAUUAUUGAUCAUUGGGAACGGGAACGGGAUCGAGAAUCGGAAAAGAUUGGUUCAUAUGAAUUGAUCAUUAAUCAAUAGUUUCAAAUGAUCUCGGUAAAAGGAUUUCUUUGAUUCAUUCAUUCACGACCACUGUGGCAAUCAAUAAUCUCAUCCUGUAUUGUAUUGACCCACCCAUACGACCUAACUCUGGGAACGUUAGAGGGUUGAACGGCGCUGCACAAUUACAACAACACAUCGCUCAACUAAAAGAUGGCGCUAGUUAAUGGAAUGGUAGAGGUCGUCAAGAUCGUCGCGAGGCAGACUACAAUCGCACCUUCGUCAACAGUAGCAACUUCGUCCCCGAUCUCAUCCACCUCAGCAUCUGCUACUCCAUCUACACCAACAUCCAAUAACAACAGUAGCCCAACUAGUUCGCCACUGUUGUUCUUCGUUGCGCUGGGAUUUGGUGUCGUAUUUACAAAUUUAUGGAUUAUUGUUGGUGUCAAAUACUGUUUUCGAUACAAUGCUAGGAAUCGGGCUGCGCGAGAAAUGGGCGAGAACCCGAUCAAUCUCGAUAAUAUGCCACCCCGACCACACCGAAGGCGCCGGGAAAAGAAGCUCAUGACCAUGGACGAAGUGAACGAACGAUUUCCUUUGACGAAAUACAAAACCUGGGUAGCUAAUCGAGCUAGCGAAGGACUACCAACUAGUGGGGGUGUUACAGCGCCGCCAAGCCGAGCUGCAAGCGUGGCAGAAGUGGAGGGUGUAGAGCCAUCUUCGCCUGUUGGAACAAAGCAUUCUAUCAACACCAGGCCAGCCACAGCCACUUCGAACAGAGAUGAAGCAGCACCAUCAUCGCCAGCACAUACUAUUAGAGGUGGAUAUGGCGACAGAAAGAGUAUGGAUGCGGUAAUUGCGGAGAAGACACCUGUAACGACCGAGGAGCGUAAGGAAGAACUACAUCAUUUGGAAGAAGUUCCAACGAGAGCCAGCACAAUCGAUAAUAAGAAUAUUGCAACAGUCGAAGACGUUGAGGAUGAUGACGAGGAUGAUCAUAUUCAUACCGCCGUACCUCCCGAGCUCCUCAACAACCCAGGAGAUUCAUGUGCUAUCUGCAUUGAUUCUCUGGAAGAGGAUGAUGACGUUCGUGGUUUGACUUGUGGUCACGCUUUCCAUGCCUCAUGCUUGGACCCAUGGUUGACUAGUCGUCGGGCUUGCUGCCCACUUUGCAAGGCGGACUAUUUUACACCAAAACCCCGACCUGAAGGUGAGCCUGAGCCUGAGCGACAUUCACGUAGAGCGCACGCCUCGAGGGCAAACAUGCCUCAACAGCCACAAUCAGCUUGGACUGGAAUUCGAGGUAUGCCGGGAAUUUUCGGAGCAUCUGCUAGAUCAAAUGUGGAUACCCGAAAUCGCGAUGAACGACAAACUAGGCGAGCACGACAAGCUCAAGCUCAAGCUGGACCGACGAGUGUAGCAGCCGAUGGAGGAGCACCCGAGGCCACCACUGCCCCAGCAGCGAGCAGAUGGAGGCCAAGAAUACCGGCGGCUUUCACCGGAAUUCGUAUGCCUGGUAGUAACAGAGCCACAGGAAAUGCUUCGACGCAAUCAGCCAGUGCCGAGCCAACACCUUCUCAGCUAGAAGCAGGUCGUCGUUUUGCUUGAGGAUAAUUGAGCUUUAACUGGACAAGUUGAGCCAUCUAUUAAGUGCCUGGGGAAUUGUUGAGAAUAAUGCAGUGAUAUUAUUGGCAUCAUCACAGUGAGAAUUACCUGUGACCUUUUAAUCACGAGUACAUAUCUACCAAGCUGUACCUAAUCCUUUGCAACCAUGUCUCAACAAAUAUUUCCAAGUCGCCUCCAAUUCACUGACCUUUCCCAUCAAUCAACCAAUCCGAAAAGCCCAUGCCCCAGUCCAGCAGACGGCCUCAACCCACCCCCUUUUCAGUCGUCUCAAUACCUAAUUUCGAUCCGUCAUAUCCCAGGCAUUGUACAUACACUCAGAUACCAAGACACUCAAUACAUCUCAGUAUUUGAGCUUGUCUUCAGAAUUUUCUAGUCCGCCACAAAUCUCUUAUGAUAUUGUGCUCCUUUAGCGAAUGUUUAUCUUAUUUUACUUUUACUUUUCUUUAUCGACAUAUUUUCGAUUGGCCUCGGCUUCUGAUUCCGGUUUCUGGCUGGUAUACAUGGUUCGGGGCCACACGAACGGGACGGUGGGAUGGGUGGGAAGGACAGGAUGGGCAGGAACGGUUUUCAAAGGAAAUUUGAAGAGGUCGAUUCCGGGGUGUUCGAGGAGGUGACUGAUGAAUAAAUGAAUGAAUGAGGGGGGCAGGCGGGACACAUAGACCGAUAUCAUCUGACUUUUAUCUGAUCGCAUGGGAUGUAUAUGGAUGCAUGCGUGGGUGGGAGGCGGGACUUGAGGGCAUGUUGGGAUCGGAGUCGGUUACAAAUACAGGGCUGGCGGACAUAGGAGUGUGGGGGUGAUCCAUUACAUACAAUAGCUGAUAUCAAAGAGAGAAAUAUCC